AUGAGUCCGACCACUCAACAUUUGUUGCGGCUGUGGCGAUCCCUUCCGAUGUCCCAGCUCAAGCAGGGGGCGACGCUUUCUAUUCGAUCAAGUUUGACCCAACCGACGCAUUUGUUAGUAGAGGCAGAAUGGAGGGACGAUGGCCGAGCAGACUUGAAGCAAGUAUUCUCUAAAUGCAGCCCCAAUCCGGAAGCUACUAUGACAACGUUACGCGAACAAGAUCAGAUGACUUCCAUUGGCAGGUCGGAAUCUCAUAUUGUGCUUAAGCUUGAUGAAGCGGUUUUGGAUGAAAGCGAGGCUAGCAAUGUCGCCGGUGAGCAGUCAAAGAACUCGCUUCUUCCACACGCACGUCCCAAACCAGCGCAUAGAGCGAUGCUGGAUGAUGGCACUAUCGUUUCUGAGCUGAAGGAAGCGAAAUCAGAGGAGAACUUGAGACGAAUCGACUACCACGACGGAAUAGCUCAUCUCACGGCUGAUGGUCAGGUCGAGGAGGCGGGAACCUUUCUCACUGUAAAGAUUCCUGAAAAGACAAACCUGAUUUGCGAAUUGCCGAAUGGUGGCUCGAUUACCAUUGCGGGUAAAGUUGAAGGCGAUGUCAAAUUGUACACAGCAGAUGGGGAUAUUAUCGUGAAGAAGCUGCGCGGUCACGAAAUAGACGUGGAGACCGACGGUUCAGGGAGCAUCAUCUACGCUGCGGAUGUUCUUGAGGCACAAAAACUCACGCUGCGUACAUCUGGUAGGAUACGAGCCAAGCAAAUUCAUGGCAAUCAGAUUGACAUUAGGAUCAAUUCGUCAGCCAAGAGACAGGAAGAAUCGGUUACCAAGUUGUGGGAAUCCGACGACGAAGGAUCGCUAGUCGACAUUAGCUCGCUGUACGUGUCGGGUAAUGGUGGAGCGAAUGUAUCUGUUGUCGGCCCACGGCGACCACAGCGACGAGCCAUUCGUAUCAAAUCACAUCAUGGACCUAUUCGAACCGAAACGAGCAACCUUUCCGUACCGAUAGAAGAUAACCCAAUGAAUGGACAAAUCUAUCCCUUAGUCGAACUAGGAGGGGUCAACGGCAAUUGCGAAGUGUCAAUUGAGGAUACGCUCCAUGAAAAGAAAGAAAAUAAAAAUUGGAACACGUGCAUGGUGCACGUGGACAGCUUAUCGCCGGACUCCGUAAGUCUCAUUACAGUGGACUCCGGUGGCGUUGCCGUGACGCUGGACCGCAAAGCUGAAGCCGAUCUACGCCUCUUGUCUUGUUCGAGUGCCGAAUGCUUAAUUGAGACCGGCGCAAUGCUUGCCGAAGAGGAAGAUCCCAAUUUGCUGUUACAGAUAGUGCAAAACUUGCCGAAAGGCCCCGCAUUGACAACGGCUGGGCAACAACGUAUUUCGGUGGAGACAAGCGCGUUCACCGCUAGACCAGUCGGUUUCGCUACCGCGCACGUAGAGUACGUCGAUGGUUGGACCGAAAACAAAAGUACCGAGCCAGAUAGUAGAUUUGAGCGCAAAAGCAAUGGCGCUACCGGCUCGGUUGGAAAGAUUCGUAUGGAUGGCGCGGCUGAGCAAGCACUACACGGAUUUUCCUCAAGUAAAGCGGAAACUGGCCAACCAAUUUAUCAGCGCCCUCUGAUUGCUGUUGCCGGUACUGGGAUUGUCAAAGUGGAAACUGUUUCGUGGCUGGGUGCCAUUGCUCGAAGGUAUGGCUUGGAUGAGGAUCACCGUGAAGCGGGGCGUACAGCUUCACGCCGUGGACGAUCACUGGCUCCCCAGGAAUAA